AUGGGGUUUUUCCUGAUUGCGCUUUUUCUGCAACGCUACAUUUCGCCCACUUUGGUCCUUUUUCUCUUCGUCUAUAUCAACUUGACGAGUUCAGAAUGCAUUUCAGAGCGAGCUUCCCCAACCUGCCCAGUGUCCUUGAUCUCUCUCCCUAGUGGCACACCAAGCCCCAUUCCACAAAUCCAGCAUCAGUUCACCUCGGAAACCCAAUCCGAUCGGCUCGAGAGAAUCAAAAGGCAACAGGCCGUGAGGAAAGCAUUCCAACAUAGCUGGACAGCCUAUAAAGACCAUGCCUGGCUGUGGGACGAACUAUCACCCAUCAGUUGCGGUCGUCAAAACCCGCUUGGGGGCUGGGCAGCGACGCUGGUCGACUCGUUGGACACGUUGAUCGUAAUGGGUUUAGUCGAAGAGUUCGAAACGGCUCUGCAAGCCCUCAAUGAGAUCGACUUUUCCACUACGAAAGCACUGAGUGUGAAUAUCUUCGAGACGACAAUCCGAUACCUUGGAGGGCUGAUUAGUGCUUAUGAUCUCACGAACGGAAAGCAUUCCAUCCUGUUGGAAAAGGCCCAGCAACUGGCCGACUUUCUGCUCAAGGCAUUUGCUACAUCCAAUCGAAUGCCGCAGACACGAUGGGAAUGGAUCAGGGCUGUUUUCGAGUCUUCAACCGAGUCCAGUGAAAGGACCCUCCUUGCUGAAAUCGGUUCGUUGGGGCUGGAGUUCACGCGUCUGUCGCAAAUAACAGGCGACGCCCAAUAUUUUGAUGCUGUUCAGAGAAUCGCCGACCGUCUACACAGUACGCAAAACCGCACCCGGUUGCCCGGUCUAUGGCCUGUUUCGGUGGACGCCCGGACUUGGAGUUUCUCGAACUUCUCGAACAGUCACUUUACAGUCGGCGGUAUGGCUGAUUCUACCUAUGAAUACCUCGUGAAGGAGUAUCUACUUCUUGGGGCACAGUCAGAUCAAUAUCGUGACAUGUAUAUCCAUGCCAUCGAAGGGAUCAAGCAGCACCUACUCUUCCGCGGCAUGGACAAAGGAGGACAAGAUGUACUCUUCGCCGGAGACAUACGAUUCAACUCAGGAUCUGGUGAAGAGGUUUUCGAGUAUCAAAUGGAGCACCUCAAGUGUUUCCUUGGGGGUAUGGUGGGACUUGGAGCCAGGGUAUUCGGGCGUCCAGCUGACUUGACUAUCGCACGGAAGCUGGUGGAUGGAUGCAUCUGGGCAUAUAAUCUCAUGCCUACGGGUAUAAUGCCCGAAACGGUAUAUAUAAGUGGGUGUAGAAACUCAACCCGGUGCGAAUGGAGGGAAGAAAAGUGGCACCGCGACAUCUUUGGGUGGCCCGAGGAAAGGGAAAUGCCACCAAAUUUACAGGACGCUGUGCAGCGGGUGAUUCAACAACAUGGACUACAGCCACCGAUCCUGGAAGUCGCCGAUCCAAAGUAUCGUCUGAGGCCUGAAGCAAUCGAGUCGAUCUUUACCAUAUACCGAAUUACCGGCGACAAAUCAUUACAAGACACUGCAUGGCAGAUUUUUCAGAACAUCGAGCGAUACACCAAAUCAGAGCACGGUUAUGCUGCGAUCAACGAUACGCGCGACAUCAAGACAUCAAAGCUAGACGUCAUGGAAAGCUUCUGGCUUGCCGAGACGUUGAAAUACUUUUACCUCAUUUUCUCAGAUCCAAAUCUGAUCAGCUUGGAUGAGUACGUCCUUAAUACCGAAGGACAUCCGUUCAAGUAUAUACAUGUAAACGUUAGAUCAUGA